AUGGCGACUCUCAAUGUACGGGAUGCACUCUCGUACCUCGACCAGGUCAAGGUGCAGUUCACCGACCACCCCGAUGUCUACAACCGUUUUCUGGAUAUCAUGAAAGACUUCAAAAGCCAAGCGAUCGACACUCCUGGUGUCAUUGAACGUGUGUCGACCCUGUUCCGUGGUCAGCCGAGCUUGAUCCAGGGUUUCAACACCUUCCUUCCGCCGGGCUACCGCAUCGAAUGCAGCGUCGACCAGAACGACGCGAAUAUGAUCACGGUCACCACCCCGUCUGGAACCACGACACAGACUCUCGGCGGGCAUGGGAUUGCGGGUGCAAUUAGCCGCAUGAAUAAGGGCGAAGGUGCGCCGCCGCCGCCGCUGCCGCAUGGGCCCGGCCCCCACGAUGCCAAGAGUCGGCAUCACGGCGGCCCCCCGGGCCCAUACGGCGGUCUCCCCCCCCAGGGCAUGGAGUACGAUCCCCGCCGCGGUCCGCCGCCGCACGAGCGCCCUCCGCCGAUGAACGGCCGCGCGCCGUCGCCUGGCGCGAUGCCGAUGAACGCGCCGAUGGGCUACAAUCCUCCUCCUGCGCCGUACGAGCAGGGCCGCGCCCCUCCCGAGGCAGCGCGUCCGCCGGUGGAAUUCAACCAUGCGAUCAACUAUGUGAACAAGAUCAAGCAGCGCUUUGCAGGCGACCCAGACACCUACAAGCAGUUCCUCGAGAUUUUGCAGACCUACCAGAAAGAGCAGCGCCCUAUUCACGAGGUGUACGGCCAAGUGACGCACCUCUUUGACCAUGCGCAGGACCUCUUGGACGAGUUCAAGCAAUUCCUCCCGGAUACCGGCGGCCCCGGCGGCGGCCUGUUUGGCAUGCUGGGCCACGUCACAAACGGCAUGGGACCCCAGUCCGAGAUGCCCAGCAUGCCCGCGUAUGAGCCGCUUCCUCCUCGGCACAGCGGCCCUGCGCCGGGUGGCCGCAAGAAGCGGAGUGCGAGCGGCGUCGAGGAUGUCCCUCUGCCGCCCGAGCCGCAUGCGCCGGUGCCGCCCGGCAAGCCCGUGUCGCGCAGCAAGCGCAGCAAGCACGGCAAGACGGACAGCAUCCCCCGCGGCCCGCCGUACAUGCAAGGCGUUCCCCCCGGCGAGAUGCACGAGAUGUACCCUCCCGUGCAGCCCGGUGUGCCGCCGUACGAUGCGCUUCCGCCGGACGCGCCUGGCUACCUCCCUCCCGGGAUGUACGAGAUGCCGCCCUACCUCCCCCCCCAGGCGAUGGGCGGCAACGUGGUGCAGCUCCCCCAUAUGGCGUCGAUCGACGAGGUGGCAUUCUUCGAGCGUGUCAAGAAGCACAUUGACGACCGUGCGACCUACCUCGACUUCCUCAAGCUGCUGAACCUCUACACGCAGGAUGUAAUUGACGUUGCGACGCUCGUCGACCGUGUCUCGCUCUUUUUGGGCGGCCAGCCCGAGCUGCUGUCGGCGUUCAAGGCUCUCUGUGGAUACGAUAUGGGCAAGCACGGCUGGCUCGAGAACGAGGAGCCGGUGCUUGAGAAUGUGCCUGCGCUCGAACGCGAGCGUGUGGACCUGAGCAACCAGCGUUCCUACGGCCCGUCCUACCGCCGCCUGCCAGACUCGGAGGUGAACCUGGCGUGCUCGGGCCGCGACCCCCUCUGCUGGGAGGUGCUGAACGACGCAUGGGUGUCGCAUCCCACGUGGGCGAGCGAGGGCGAGUCGUUCAAUCCGCACAAGAAGAACGUGUACGAGGAUGCGCUGUACCGCUCGGAAGAGGAGCGCCACGAGUACGACUACCACAUCGAGGCGAAUUUGCGCACCAUUGCGCUGCUCGAGCCGAUCGCCGCGCGCAUUGCGAUCAUGGACCCCGAGGAGCGCGCGAGCUUCCGCCUGAAACCCGGGCUGGGUGGCCAAAGCAAGAGCAUCUACCAGCGCAUCAUCAAGAAGGUCUAUGGGCGGAACCACGGCGUGGAGGUCAUUGCCGCGCUGCACGACAACCCCUGCGUGGCCGUGCCGGUGGUCCUUGCGCGUCUGAAGCAAAAAGACGAGGAGUGGAAGCGUGCGCAGCGUGAGUGGAACAAGGUCUGGCGCGAGGUCGACGCGCGCAACUUUUACAAGGCGCUCGACCACCAGGGCGUCAACUUCAAGAGCACGGACAAGAAAACCAUUACCACGAAAGCAUUUGUCAACGAGAUCGAGACGCUGCGCACCGCACAGCACCAGCGCCGCCUGGCGCUGGACCCCAGCCUGCCUGCGCUUGCACCUCGCUUCCAGCUCGCGUACGAGAUGAACGACGGCCAGGUGCUCGCCGACCUGCUGCGCCUUUCUGUCCACUUUAUGGACCGCUCCUCGUCAGGCUUUAGCGCGCACGACCGCGAGCGCGUCGACGCGACCUUCCGUGCGCUGCUGCCGCGCCUGCUCAACACGAGCCCCGAGACGUUUGCGACGCUCGUCGCGCGCAAGCACGACGACGACGAGCAGAGCAUUGCGGAGGACGACGAGGAGGCGAGCGAGUCGGACGUGUCCCGCGGACGUGGGCGCAAAGGCGGCGACUUGCGCCGCGCGGCGCUGCGCAACAAUGCCGAGGCGAGUACGCGUGAUGAGGAGCGCGGCGCGCCUGCCUCUACGUGGCACAUCAACACGUCGGCGGCCGCGCUGCCGAACCGCGAGGCGGCGCAGGUCCCCGAUGUGGUCGACCUCUUUGCGAAUACGACAAUCUAUGUCUUUGUGCGUCUGCUGCAGCUGCUCUAUGCGCGUCUCGCCGGCCUGAAGCAGGCCGCAAAAGACAUGGCCGAGAGCACGCCCGAGAGCUGGACCAAGAUCAAUCCCCUUGCUGCGGAGCUGGGCCUGAUAGACACGGCGACGGGCCCUGCCGGCGUCGUGAGCGCGAUUGCCGCGUCGCUGGCGCCGCGCCCGGACGCGGACGCGGCGCUCCCGCCCAGCGAGCAGGCGGUGAUGCAGCUGAACCCCGCGCAGUACUACGAUGUGCUGAUGGAGCUAAUUGCGCGUCUCUUUGACCACGAGAUCGACCAGGCGGGCUACGAAGAGAGCGUGCGCUUCAUGUACGGCACGCAUGGCUACCCUGCCAUGACCCUCGACAAGGUGGUGCACGCGUUUGUGAAAGGCGCGCUGACGAUCGCAUCUGAUGCCAAGUGCCAGGAGCUGCUCGGCAUCUUUGACCAGACGCACCAGGCGCUGAAUGCGAUCCGCAGCGGCACACAAGAGGCGAGCGGCGAGACGCGCGACGUGCAGCUGUACAAGCGGCUCAUUGCGAGCCGUAUGGACGCUGAGCAGGUCGUCGGCCGCGACGAUCACCUGUACAGGAUCGAGAUGGUGCCGCUACAGGCGGCCGGCGACGGCGUUCCUCCCCAGUCGAUGCACAUCCAGCUUCUGUCGCACGACGACCUCACGCUCGAGGACCCCAAGGACGAGGAGCAGCGCUGGCUGCAGUACAUUGCCUCGUACUGCCUGUACGCACCAACCGAGGGCCUGCCGUCCGAGACGGUGGCCCCGCUUUUGAAGCGCAACUUGCCCGCGCAGCCGGAUGCGGCGGACGAGGAGGGUACGCAGUAUGUUGUGCGCAAUGGACUGGACAUCCGCGUCUGCUUGCGCACCUACCGCCUCUUCUUUGUGCAGGGCACCGAGGACGUGUUUGCGCGCAAGCGCCCCGCUACGGACGCGGCAGCGCACGCAGCCUCCCAAGAACAGAGCCGCAGCAAGCGCUGGCACGCAUGGCUCGCGGCGCGGCGUGAAGUCAUCGAUGCGCCCGAGCCCACGCAGGACGCACCCGAGCAGGAGCGCGAGGACGCUGCCGCGGGCGAAGCGCCCGCCGGCGCGCCGCCCGUGCCCGGCGCCGAGGCGCCGAGCGCAGAAGCGUCCGAUCUGAAGCACGAGCCGUAG